AUGCAAACCACCUCGGCGAAUCCGUUGACAGUCCGCUUGGGGAAUAAGACAUGGACUCUGUGCGGACUCUCCCAUUUCCUCCAUCUCCCCCAUAGUGAAGGGGAUACGCGCAAGGAUCCCUUGGGAUUCCUGUACCACGAGCAGGAAGCCGAGCUUGAGAUCUGCCUGGCCCAACAGCUUCUGAACAGACGUACCGGGAGUAUUCUUAUUAUGUCCCUCUACAGAGCCCAAGUCGCCCUGGUGAACCGGCUUUGGGAUCAGAGGUUCUCUGAGCUUCGGCCCCGCCCUAGGAUUCAAACCGUGGAUGCGUCCCAGGGUUCGGAGGCUGAUGUUAUCAUCGUCUUGAUUACACCGAUAUAUAUAUCCUUCUUUUAG